CUUGUUAAAAUAGUUAAUUUCCUAUCGUGUGUGUGUGUGUGUGUGUGUGUGUGUGUGUGUGUGUGUGUGUGUGUGUGUGUGUGUGUGUGAGUGUGAGAGAGUGUGUGUGGGGCACUAGGAGCUCAUGACGCACUCGAAAGAGCUUGCCCGGUAAUGGUGUGCAAAUCAUCCCAUGCUGAUGUAAGUGGAAAGCGGGAAUCAGGAGCCACGGUAGAUGCUACUCUGUGUGAUAGGCCACUGCUGCCCACUCACGCAUACUACUACGGCUUUAAGAAGACGUCCGGUCUAUAUUUACCUUACGGUUCGGUUCCCUCCCUCGUGACACUAGACGGAAUCCUGGACGACUCACAAGCCAGCUGCUGCCGUUCAUGGUGGAGGUGGAGGUGGAGAAGGAGGUGGAGACGGAGGUGGUGGAGGAGGAGGAUGUGGAGAAGCUGAAGAUGGAGUUGGUGGAGGAGGAGGACGACGACGACGACGACGAAGAGUUGAGGAUGGAGGAGUUGGAAGAGGUGGAGGAGGAGGUGGAGAUUGAGGUGGAGCAGGAGGAGAUGGAGAGGCUGAAGACGGGGGAGGUGGUGGAGGAGGUAGUGGAGGAGGAGGUGAAGAAGGAGGAGGCGGUAGAGUAGGAAAUAGAGGUGGUGAAUGAGGAGAAGGAGAUGGAGAUGGAGGAGAAAGAGGUGAAGAUGGAGGAGGUGGUGGUGGAGAUUGAGAAUGAGGAGGUGGAGGAAGUGUUGGAGGAGGAGUUGGAGUUAAAGAAGAUGACCCAUGUGUUGGUGCUGAUUCAGGGUGGCAAGCUCAGUUGAUCAGAAAAUCGUCAGCCUAUACAUAUGUUUACAAUAUUGUAGUACAUUAAUACUGUAAGCUAUAAGCACAUUACCUCCAUUUCAUUCUUAGUCAGGGCAUUAUUUU